AUGGACAGCUUGGUGCAGUUGAUUAAUUUUAUGAGUCUCAUUCUUCUCUUCAACAUGGAAAGUUCAAGAAGUUUCUUUCAGAAUGUGAUGCAGCGUCAAGUUGUUGAACGUUUCUGGCUAAUAAAGGAAGAAGUAACCUCCUUCUUGCAAAUCUUGGAUACACAUAGAGCAAAGAAGCACUUAGAGUUCAUAACAAAUGAGCACAAUAUGCUAGAUAUGGCUUUUCUGAAGGAUAUUCUGAAAUAUUUAAAUGCACUCUACAUAGAGUUACAAGGGAAUGGGAAAUUAGUGUGUGAUCUGACACAAAAGUAUAAAAAAGAGAACUCAGUAGAAGACAUUGCAGUGUUUGUAAGAUUUCUGUCCAAUCUAUGGGACGAAUUUGCUACAAGAUUUCAAGACUGCAAAAAUUGGAAACUCUCUCAAUUCCUAAAAUUUCCUUAUGAAGUUGAUGCAUCGGCAGAAUGGACUGAUGUGGCCGCUAAGUUGUUCAGUGUUUCAAAGUCUUCACUUCAAGUGGAGAUAAUCGACUUGCAAGAAGAUAUUUCUUUGCAAAUGUAUAAAACUGUAUCCACUGAAGAAUUUUGGGGUAAACAUGUUUCAGAAAAAUAUCAAAAUUUUAAGAAAGUAGCUAUCAAUCUGGCCACUAUGUUUGGUUUGACAUAUAUAUGUGAAUCAUCAUUCUCGAAAAUGAAUUUUUCGAGGAACACAUAUAAGUCAAGGUCGACGGACGCCCAUCUCGAAGACAUACUUUGCAUUUGCUGUACCCCUCGUACACCGAACUUUAAAAAACUGGCUCAAGACUGUCGAUGUAAUUUCUCACAUUGA